AACAACAUGAAACUGAAUAAGGAGAAAAAGCAAACAAUGAAGAGCAUAAAGAACAGCACAACACAUGCGUGCCUGGCAAAUUGGUUGAAUUUCUAUGGCAAUGGUCUCUGUUGUUUCAAUUUAAUUCAAUGUGAUUUCAAUGCAAUUCUCGUAACGAGCGAAAUUUAUUUCUUACAAUGUACAUGUAGUUGACAUGAGAUAAAUGUUCCAAAUGAUUCAAAUCCUUUUCCAGAAGUGGAAAACAUUUCUCAAAUUAUGGUUUUCAGCGAUGGCAGUUCAAAUUCUCUUCCAUCAAUAUUUCAGCAACGAAGACAGAUCACAGCAUCUCGAGAACUCGAUGAGAAUUUCGCGUCAUAUCGACCACUUCCAAGUUAACUGGUGUCGUGUUCGUAGAGCUCGAGUCGACUUGGACUCGCUGUUGAGACCUUGUUUCUACAACGUCUCGUGGAAUGGAGAGUCACCGAACCGUCAGCUACAAACGGAUGCCGCUAAAAGUUUGAUUUCGUUCUUUGACAUUAGACCAGCGGGUCAGUUCAGCCGCUUUAGCAUUCAAACCAAGACUCGCGAUGGAAAACUGAAGCUUAUUGGUGGCGACUCGUGGCGUGUUUUGCUUCGCGGUCCGGCCACGGUGUCACCCACUGCUUUUGAUCAUGGAAAUGGUACAUACGAAUUUCUGUUUCUAGCUAUGGACCCAGGAGUAUAUAAGUUAGAUAUCACUUUGGACUAUAGCUUAUGUGAUGGAUACCGCGAUCCGCCGAAAAACUGGUUUAUUGUAGGAAACUCUCAAGGUAAAAUGCAAAAAGCUGGCACGCUCGGCCUAAACCGUUCAAAGGAAGAUUACCUUCUUCAACCGUUCCAGAAUGGAAAACUCCACAUGAUCAACAUACCGUUGCCUAGAGAUGGAGGUGCAUUUUUAUUAAACCGAUUGCCAGACCGUUCUUGUCUCUCCUCCAAGUUUGACUUAACGUGUGGCAUUAAAUGCAAAUACAUGUGGGAUGGAUUUGGCCGAUGGCUUGGCAAGAAUUGGAAGCCGUAUCUUAGAGAUACUCCAAGCCAUAAUCAACCCAAGAAAGCAGAGAUCGACACCUCUAGGCUAGAAACUCUCUGGAUAUACGGAGACUCGCAAGCUGAAAGAUUUUAUUGGUCGAUAAAGGAUGGACCUCUCUGCACAGAGAUCUUUAAAUCUUGUAACCUGAGUAAGAUGUGGGUGUAUCCAUACCGUGAACAGUUUCCCCCCUGGGAUGACAAAGACUACGAUGACACGGUAAUCCUUGACAGCCUCCGAGCUGUCCUGGAGAGACCCGAGAUGAACAAAAACAGCGUGAUGAUUAUGAAUCUUGGACUUCAUUACAUGGAGAGUACGACCCUGCAAGAUUAUCAACUACUAAUUAAGAAAGUUAUUAAUAUUUUAAAAGAAAGGAACAAAGAAACUGGCGAGUUAAAGUACAAGACACGAGUUAUUUGGAAAACCUCAACUUCGAUUAGCAAAGAAAAAGACACGGCAGGCCAGUUAAAAAGUGAUCGGCGACGAUUUCUGGCUUUACCGCGUGUAAAGCUUUACAAUUCCUUGGCCACGUCCCUUAUGUGCCAGGCUGGCUUAGAGGUCCUUGAUGUUUACCCAUUUACCAGGUCAUAUCCAGGAGGUACCGGCGGUCCCGAGGUUGCAUGGUACAAGGAGCAUGACAUUGUGCAUUUCAAGUUUCACGUAAUGAAGACUCUCGAUAUGUUUUUGGAAGAUUACCUUCGUGGCAAAAUAACAUUUCCUAUCGAUUUUAAGAAUUAUAUGUUUUCUUGAGCACUUCUGUUCAUUGGUCUUUCGACUGCUUUAUAAUUUAUAAGACAUAUGUUUUCGUGCCCAACUC